UAUUAUUUGAGGGGAGGAGGGGGGUCUCUCUUUAGCUAAGUAACACAAUAAUAGAAGAAGGAAGCAGACACAAGCAAAUUAAGGGAAACGUCGAACAAUCACCAACAAAGCCAGAUAUAGAUAGAGGAAGCAAAACCCUUUAAAGUUUCUGAAGCAUUCUUGUCCACAUGGAAGUUAGCAGGAAAAUGGUGAACAUGCUGGGCUCUGAGCGUGAUUUGAACUUCAAGGAGACUGAGCUGUGUCUGGGAUUGCCUGGUGGCGGUGGUGGGAGCGAGCCUCAUGAGGUUAUUAUAAAAGCUACCGGAAAAAGAGGUUUCUCGGAGACUGUUGAUCUGAAACUUAACCUUCAGUCUAAGGAAGAGAUCAGCGUGUUGAAGAAUGUUUCAAAGGAAAAGAACCUCCUUACAGCUUGCACCAAAGAUCCGGCUAAGCCACCGGCCAAGGCACAAGUUGUGGGAUGGCCACCAGUGCGAUCGUACAGGAAGAACAUGAUGAUGGCUCAAAAUAAUAACAAUAAUAAUAAUAAAAGUGAGAUGGAGGGAGAUCAGAAGGCUGGAGGCAGCAGCAGAAGUGCUGCUGUAGCCGCCUUGGUGAAGGUUUGCAUGGACGGCGCACCAUAUCUUCGUAAAGUGGACUUGAAAAUUUACAAGAGUUACCAAGAACUUUCUGAUGCCUUGGCCAAGAUGUUCAGUUCCUUCACCAUGGGCAAUUAUGGGGCCCAAGGAAUGGUUGACUUCAUGAACGAGAGCAAGUUAAUGGAUCUACUGAACAGCUCCGAGUAUGUGCCAACCUAUGAAGAUAAGGAUGGCGACUGGAUGCUCGUGGGCGAUGUUCCAUGGGAGAUGUUUGUUGAUUCAUGCAAGCGCCUGCGCAUAAUGAAAGGAUCAGAAGCUAUUGGGCUUGCACCCAGAGCCAUGGAGAAGUACGGCAAGAACCGUAGCUAAACUACGUACGUACGUGUAGCUUGGUCUGCUGGGCUAGCUAGCUAGCUUUCCCCAAAGUGAUCAUCAUCAUCAUGUAUCGGCCAUUAAUGCAUGAUGAGGAUUAAUUAAAAGGAUAAUUAAGGCACUUGAUGGAUCAAUUAAUUAUUAAUUAAGCAGCUGCUGGCCUGCCGGUGUUCUUAAUUUGAUUUUGAUUAGUGUCUGUAAUUUUUAUUUGAUAUUUGGUCGUAUAUAGAUAUCAUCAAAAUUAAGAAUAUGGAGCUUUGUAAUAGACAAUAUUUAAGAAGCAAUAAGCUAAUUAGCCCCC